UAAUGUUAGAAUAUGGAUUAAUCUUAGCUUUAGUGAGAUUGAUUCCGCAUUAGUUUAAUGAACUCUGGGCACUUUUUGGCUGCCUAAUUAUCUGUCUCACUCCAAACCAGGGCCGUGGAUUAGUUUUUGAUCUUCAGAAAUUGUCUAGUGCUGUUAGAAAGUAAUUUCACCGAGUUGGAAUUGGUUGACUUCUCACGAGAGAAUGCAGGGCUCUCAUGGUGCUUCCACGCUAUAAAUUGUGUCCUGCACCCUUCAGGCCUCAGAGCUUCCUUUCAGAAUUUGCUGCCAUGCAUCCCGGCGACGUCGCCAGCGUCGGAUGCCUCUCGCUCUCACCAUCAACACUGCUUCCGUCCUUCAUGGCUCACAACGCUAGUAACAUGAAGCCAUGCUUCAACUUCGCCACCACUACUCUCUCUGGUUUUGUUGCAGCAGAGGAAGAGCAGAGGCUGAGGGUGGCUGCGGAGGAGAGGAGGAGGAGGAGGAUGGUGUCGAACAGGGAGUCGGCGCGGCGAUCGAGGAUGAGGAAGCAGGGGCAGCUGUCGGGGCUGUGGUCGCAGGCGGCACGUCUCCGGUCGGCCAACCGCCGGCUUCUGGAGGAGUUGAACGGCGUGAUGAGGGAGUGCGAUGAGAUACUGGUGGAGAACGGACGGCUGAGGGAACAAGAAACAGAGCUGGAAAAGAAGCUGGCGGACCUGCAAGCUCAGGCCGGUGGUUGUUGUGUUGCUGGAACUCAGGACAAAAUUAUUCUGCUCUGAUCAAGAAUUCAUUUGAUGGAGUGUUUUAUUUUAUUUUAUUGUUUUGUUUUCCGUUGCUGAGAAUUCCCAUCUGAUGUUGCUGCUUGCAGUUGCGGGGAUUUAACGUGGAUGAAGAUGAAUUGCAAAGAACUGUAGAUCUGUUUGCUUU